AUGAACAAAGUUUUGAAAUCUCAUAAACACAAUAUCUCCGAUAUAAAUGAACUUCAAGCUACAUUAGACAGUAAAGCUGACAAAAAUCAUACACAUAACUCCUUCUCAACUGUUAGAGCAGACGACAUAAUAUUGAACUAUACCCUUGGUUCAAGUGCACCUUUAGAGAAUCCAAGUACAAGCGUAAAAGAUACACUAAACUCCUUAAAUAACAAAUGUAUGAAUAUCGAAGGUCAUGUCAGAAACUUUGAAACACAUGAACUACCAGCAAUGUUAGAUAAAAAAGCAAAUAAGACUCAUACACAUACAAGUUUUACAACUGUUGCUAUAGAAAGUAUUGAAGGAACGGUUGAAGAAACUGGUGGGGAUGUAUUAUAUUGUAAACCUCCUAACUUUCCACAAGGUUUAACAUCGGAUGACGACAUAACGACGAUGUUAAACAUUAGAUGUAAAGAUGUUUAUGUCAUGAAGGAUGAACAUAAUAUUAAAUUCACUGCUCAAGAUUUAUAUGACAAGAAAGCAGACAAAAAAGAGCUUCAAACAUUAAAGACAGAAAUACUUCAAACAUUAUAUCCUAUAGGCUCUAUUUAUACGUCAAUGAACUCAACAAAUCCAGCAACAGUUUUAGGUUUUGGUACAUGGCAGCAGAUUGUAGACAAAUUCUUAUACUGUGCUAACUCUUCAAAGCAAACAGGAGGUUCGAAGAAAAUUACUGAAGCAAACCUUCCACCGCACACUCAUACAGGAACUACAAACACAACAGGUAGUCAUUCACAUUCAAUAACAAAAAGAGGUUAUACAAAUCUUGCAGCAGGUUCGGAUAGACAGGGAAUGCAUAGAUAUGAUAUUUCAAGUGACCCAGUAGAUUCAAGCGCAGGUAUUUUCUGUGGAACCGCAGGAAAUCAUGCCCAUACUUUCACAACAAAUCCAACAGGCUCGGGUGCAGAUUACAUGCCACCAUUUGUGACUGUAUUUGCAUGGUACCGCGUUCAAUGA